AUGCUGUUCUUGGUUUUCGUAAUCCUCGAAAAACAAAUCGAAAUCGCAUUGGUACAAAAUGAGUGUAAUGAUUUGAAACAUCGCAUUAAGUCAGAUAAAGACUAUAAAUUGAAUUUAAAAUGCUAUAUUGUUACAUUAGAUAAUGUGUUGAAAGAAAAAAAGAAAAUCAUACACAAGUUAAAAAUCCAAUACAAACUGCAGCAGCAGCUGCACACAGCAAUGUCGCGGUCAUCUUCGUUGCUAUCCGAUAAUCAUUUGCAUAUUAACAGUAAAUUAAAAUAUCAAAUGGACAUACUACUAGACAAUGUUGGUACCUGGAAAAAUAUUAUAAUCGGUUAUGAGAAAGUGGUGAACAACAUGCAAAACGCCGUCCAGAGACAGUCUAAAAAAAGUAACUAUUGGAUAGAUAAAUAUCAACAUCUCAAAGAUAUUGAAUACAAAGCAACGUUAACGGAAAAUUUAACCAAAGAAAAAGAAGUUAUUCUUUUGCAACACCAAAAUGAGAUUGAAGAUAUAAGAGAGAAAUACAAUCCGAUAAUCGCACACAUGGCGGACACACAGGCUAAUUUGAGAAAUGAAAUUCAGGACUUAAAGGAAAGUUUAAAACUGAAAAACGCACAUUUAAUGAUAACUGAAAAAAUUGCAAGUUUUCAACUGUAUGAAUCUCUUACCACUCUUCAACGAUUGGCUAAAGUCUGUAACAUUGAAUCGUUGAUAUUAAAUGGCAUAGACAAUGGAAUUCCUGAAAAGUGCUGUGAUACAAGUAUAACAAAUACCAGAAACAAUAUAUCCCAGCAAAAGGAAAGUUUGGUUGAUUACACGUCCAAACUUCAAUCAGAGAAUACGUUUAUGAAAAGACUUAUCGAAAUUCGAAAGGAAAAAAUAAGAUCACUCGAAAACUGCUUAUGUACAGGGACAUCAUUACAUCAAUAA